GUGUCGCUCACUUCACUAGUUGUGCCUAUGGGCAAAUCCAACAAAUCGAAAGGUGGCCUCAGGUCUGCCCUUGUGUCCCUGCAAUCUCGCGUUCAUGCGGCAGAUAAAGCGGCAUCUGCUCAGCAUGUUCAGGAAAAGAAGGACCAGGCGGAUCAAAGACAGCGAAGCGGGAAAAAGCACACUAGUCAGGGUGGUCAAAGUGCACCAGUCCCCUUUGUUUCUCCUUGGGACAAUACACUUCUGAUAGGCGAAGGCAACUUUUCGUUUUCAUUGUCACUGGUUCAGCAUCAUGGAAUACCAGGCUACCGCAUCACGGCCACAUCUUAUGAUACUGAAGAACAACUAACGCAAAAAUACCCCGAGGCUCAUGAGAAUCUUCGUUUGUUGCGUGAAAAUGGUGUCACAGUGUUUCUUCACGUUGAUGCCCGUACUUUGCACAAGUGCAAGACACUAGUGAAUAUAUCCAAACGUUCAGGCGGUUUCUCAAGGGUUGUAUGGAACUUCCCUCAUACAGGUGCCGGUAUACAGGAUCAGGACCGAAAUGUGCGAGUGAAUCAGCAAGCUAUAAUCGGUUUUCUUCGAUCUGUGGCACCGUUGUUAUCUUCGGGGCGAAGCAUGACAUCCACUUCUGAAGCACUCAGUGAUGACGCACAAGAUUCUGAUGUCGAGGUGGAAAAUUUGACAAAGCGCGUGGAUUCUCGCGGAAGGGUGUUGAUCACUCUCCGAAACUCGGUGCCUUACACUCUCUGGGAAGUUUCGCAGCUAGCCAAACACCCACCUCCUGAUCAUCCCGCAUAUGUAAAAAUACGCUCGUAUGGGUUCCAACCCUCGGCAUAUCCAGGAUAUGAACACCGUCGUACGAUAGGCGGGACCAUUCAUCGUCCAACUUCUGGUGACCACGAGGUGCCGCAAAGCUCUGCUCCCGAUAACAAUAACCGAGUAUCUGAAUGUCGAACGUGGGAAUUCGCUCUGCGGGAAUGAUGACCUGAUGUGUGUGCGAUGUUGGCUGUCGCUCAUACGGUCUUGUUGGACCGUUCUGUUGGUUGACGAUCUGUUACAAGAAUUUGCGCACGGCUUAACAGAUUUGCUAAGGGCAGCUGCCUCUCUGUGCAGCGAAGUGGGGCCCUGUUUGAAGAGCAUAGCCUGUAUCCCCACUGGCUUUUAUUGGGGACAAGCUAGUGUUGAACACGGUCAAACAGCAUUUUGAUGAAUUGUUGCUUCAUCAGUAGAGUACUGCACUAUCCGGUCACCACUUUCCCCUUUCACCUCCUUUUCCAUCUCGCCGUUAGCUCAUGUGUAAAGCACUUGAGCAUUGUAACCCCCCCAGCUGUCAACAAAAGGCGUACCAUUUGUUGUGCGGGUUAUCUCUGAAUUCUAGAGUUUAACACAGCUACAGCCAGUAAUAUUUUGCUUCCCAUGUCAUAAAGGGGUCCUGGCCCACUGUUCUAUAUUAUGACGCUACCUUGCUUGGUGAAUAACAC